UCAAAAUCCGCGAACCCAUUAAUUGCCAGCGUUACUAGCUUGAGCACACACUACAGUUGGAGUCACGCAAAAUGGGUAGCACUUUCUUCACGAAACUUUGGAUUUCGUUUCUUCUUGCAGUCUGCAUCACCACUUCAACACAGGCGUGGUUUCUACCUCAAGGCAAUGGCGCCGGUGGUUUUGGUUUUGGCUCCAAUGGAUUUGGUUUCAAUGGUUUUGGCUCCAAUGGUUUUGGUGUAGCCACUACGUCCGAAUUUAAAUGUCAAACGCUCGGUCGCUUUCCCGAUCCAAACGAUUGUCGAAAUUUCUAUGAUUGCACUAGCAGCGGUACGAGUACAUAUACCCGCCAUAGAUGCGGUCCCCUUAAACGGUAUUCGGUUAAUCAGCAAGGCUGUGUGUUCGCCUUCACCGUAGCUUGCUAUAAUCCGGCUGUUAGUUGCUCUGCCGCCGGUGAUAAGGGCGCAUGGCCCGGUGAUGCCAGUAUAUAUUACGUCUGUGAGCUGAGUAGUACCAGUGGAAAAUUAAUACCAACGCUAUAUAAAUGCCCCCAAGGUUCAUUAUUCAAUGGCGCUGCUUGUGCAUAAUUUUGUGGAAUAUAUAUUUUUUUGUCAGAUUUUUUGUAAUUGAAGUCAAGUGAAAGUGGAUGCAAAUAAAAUCAGAGAACUUA